AUGUCCGGCGAAGAACCCGCGCCGGAGGUCCAGAGCGUGGGAGAGUAUGUGCUGGAUAGGGAGAUCGGAAAAGGCUCGUUUGCACAGGUCUUCCGCGCACAUCACCAGCACCCGCCGUAUCAGCUUGUCGCAGUCAAGUCAGUGACCCGCAGCAAGCUAUCGCCCAAGCUGCUAGAAAAUCUCGAAGGCGAGAUCUCUAUUCUCAAGUCUAUGCGGCACACCAACAUCGUCGAUCUGCGCGAUUGUCUCUACACGGAUGAGCACAUCCACCUUAUCAUGGAGUACUGUCCCGGCGGCGACCUCUCUCUGUACAUCCGGAAGCACGGCGAUGUGGCGCCUUGGGACGGCGAUCCUGCCAUCAACCCACUCGCGGCGGCACAGCGCGCUAAAUUUCCGCAUCCAGAGGACGGUGGUCUUCAUGACGCGAUGGUACGCUCCUUCCUCGCGCAGCUCGUGUCGGCGGUGCGCUUUCUGCGCAGCAAGGACAUUGUACAUCGCGACAUCAAGCCGCAGAACCUCCUCCUCCAGAUUCCUGACGACGAAUGCCUCGCCUCCGGCCAUCCCAGCGAAAUUCCCCAGAUCAAGGUGGCUGACUUUGGCUUCGCUCGCUCCUUGCCUGCGGCAUCACUCGCUAAGACGCUCUGUGGGUCGCCCCUAUACAUGGCACCUGAGAUUCUGCGGUACGAAAAGUACGACGCGAAGGCAGACCUUUGGUCCGUCGGCGCCGUUUUGUAUGAGAUGUGCGUGGGGAAGCCGCCGUUCCGCGCGGCAAACCAUGUCGAGCUUCUCCGCCGCAUCGAGCAGAGCGGCGACCGAAUCAAGUUUCCCGAUGAGCGUUCACCCCAGUCGAUGGCCAAGGAUGCGGCACGCCGGCGCCUGCAAGGCGAGCCACCACGGCCGCCGGCACACGAGAUUGCCCCCGACAUUAAGCAGCUCAUCCGCCGCUUACUGAAACGCCAUCCUGUGGAGCGCAUGAGCUUCGACGAGCUGUUCACGGACCCCGUCAUCACGAACGUACCCUACUCGGGUCGUGCGAUCAUCAAGGACGAGCUGGCCGCCUCGGUGCACCUCGCGCAGCUCCCGCCUGACAUGCUCUUGGGGCCCGUACCAACUGCCCCGCCGCAGGACGGUGCGACACAGCCCACACCUGCGCCAGCGGCCGUGGACAUGGACCCUUCCAGCAAGGCAGAUCGCCAGACUACCCACGAUGCCCCACCUACGCGGUCUGCUGUCGGCUUUGAUGCACCUGAGACGGCACCGUCCACGACGUCGCUGUGCGCCGAGGCCAAGCCUCGCGGACACCCUAGUGCGCUAUCUCGUGCUAUCAGCAUGGCCAGCGAACGCCUUUUCCACAAGGGUACCUCGCCUUUGUCAAGUCCGUUGCCCGCGGCAGGGGCCUUGGCAUCGAAUCAAGGCCUGCGUGACCAGCCUGUCCCGACCCCAGCAGACCCAACCGCCGUGCUAGAUGACCUGCGCAGUCUAGCCAAAAAGGCCUUUGUGCUUGCCGAGUUUGCCGACGCUCGCUUCGCGGAGCUGUCGCCGCCACCGCCCCAUGACCCAGCCUAUUCACCAGCGCAAAGCAGCCCGUAUUCGGCUGGCGGCCACAUGCAGGAAAUCGCAGCGGCAGAGAGUCUCGCGCUGUAUGUGCGUGCGCUUGGGUUCCUUCAGCGCGGUAUUGAGCUUAUCCGCACUAAUAUGGAGCAUCUUGAGGGCGACCAGCACCCCGAGAUGCGCCAUCUCGUUCAAUGGUUCCGUGCGCGGUUCGAAGAAAAUUACGAGAAAUCCAUGCAUGCACGGGCGCAGUGCGACCCAAGCUCGCUGACUGAAGCCACGUCGCACAUUGACCGCCAAAUCUUUGACAAGGCUCUGGAGCUCGCACGUACAGCCGCCCUCGAAGAGCUCGAGGGUAACAAGCGCAACCCGAGUGGCUGGGAUGCGACGCCUUGCAUUUUGGCAUACGAGACGGCUUCUUCACUUUUGCUGGGUCUGCUUGAUCCGAGCGAGGACAGAAUGGGACUUUCUAUGCACUCCAUUUCCACGGUGGAAAAGUUUUUGCAGAGCAUUUCGAAGCGCCUUGGCGUGCUGUCACCCCAUCCUCCUGCCGCGGCAGUCCCUGUCUCAUAA